AUGGGCCGCUGUGCUGCGUGGACGUGCGCGAUGAUUGAUCCGGAGUGUGUGAGCCCUUGGCAGCUGUCUCCCAGCCCAUCCGCGGGUCGGGGAAGUUUCCACACCUUGGCGCUGCUUCUGCUCGUGCUUUGCCUACAGCGGCGCAGAGCACUCUUCCGCAAUGUUUCAAAAGGAUGUCCUUGGCGGAGGAUGCAAGGUCCAUUCCUGACCCCAAAGAAGGUCGACCGGGAGCUGGAAACUCCCCCAGUCGCCCCAAAGAGGGCGAACUUGGCCAAGCGACCCAAGGUCCGCCUGGGUCUGCAGGUUUGCAACAAAUUCGAGGUCUUAGCUUCGCCAGUGGCGACGCCUACGCCGUCGCCUCGGGCCGCCCCCCGACCUCGUGAGCGGAGUCUUCCGGAGGCGGGAACGGAUGCUCCCGAUGCUCCCGGCGAUUGGACCACCGUACAUUACCGGAGCCGCAAGAAGGAUUCCGCCGCCACGCCUGCGGCGGCGAGCCUUGCUCCACCGCUGGAGGCCCCGUCAAACGACAACGGGGACGCAAUAGACCUCUAUUACGCGCAGAAGGACGCCUUCGUGCGCUCGUGGACGCGCGAGUCAAAACAGGCUCGCAGCGUGAAGCAGAAGAAGCGGGUGGACUACCAGGUAAGAUACCGCGAGUUGCAGGAUGCAACUAAUGCCUACAUCAUAUUUCAGGUCGAUUCCUAUGAUGACUACUGGGGUCUAGAUGUGAACGAGGAGGGCGGGAUGGGGAUCCACGUGUUGAAAAACGUCUUGCAUGGCGGAUGCUGGCUGCUGCAGGAGAAGCUUGACAACCACCCCGAUGUGCAGAAGUUGCUUCCCGAGGAGAGCCCUCUCUCCACGAUGAGAGUGGUCACCGGUUCUCGGGGCGCUCUGAAGCUGCUGGGUGGCACUGCACCCACCGGAAAGCUCUCCAAAGCCCUUUGCGCGGUUUGGCGUGCCGGGCGUGCCGGCGCGUCCACGGACCACAGCUGUAUCAUGGUAGAUGUGCCGGAUCCCCGAGGAAAGCAGGCCUUGGAGGCUGGCAGUUCGUCGGCGCACUGGUAUGCGGCCGGCUGGAAGUCUUUGGGCAAGCCCUGGAGCACCGCCGACGGAAGUAUUUACGAGCACCCGGACACGGGCUUGAACCUCCGCGGCAAGACCCUGCCAAAGGUGAAGGAAGCCCUGGAGCUCUGCGAGCGCUCUCACGAGAUCCUUAUUCCCUCAGUGCCCUUGGCUGGCUGGGACGUCGCCUUUGUGGCCGACGACGAGAACCCAUCCGCGCCGGCUUCCUUGGUGUUGCUGGAAGCCAACCUUUCCUGCAACUUCUUCCGGGGAACUGUCGACUGGAAGGAGUAUGGCGAGCUCCUGGACGAGCACUUCGCAGCUCUAGAUGCCAAAUUCUUCGGCUGA